AAAAAAAAUCAAGAGAAAAUCAUUGAAAGUGAUCAUUAUGUGGUACUGUGUUCCGACAUCAGUCGCGCCACGGAUUUCGUGAAUUAAACGAGGCUCUUUUCAAACUCGCCUUUAAGCUUGUGCGGAACGUCUCGCUGAAGGGAAUUUAUUAACGCACGUUCUUGUGCCACGCGCGCGCUCCAACCGGUUUUUAUAUACACACACGCGCGCGCGCGCGCGCACACACACAGUGUGAAUACACCCGAGCCGUGGCAGCCUGACGGAACUUUAACGUUCUCAAGCCUCCAUAGAGAUAUUCAGUGUUACAAAACAUCUUGUUCUCGUGAGCACUGAAAGGACAGACCUCAGGCGUAUCAGGUGUGAAGAUAUGAGGGAGAAGCUGUUCGCGUUUCACCGCUUGGUGUUCUGCAUCUCCUUAACGCUAUUUUGGAGCACGAGGUCAGUAAGUGCAGACAUCUCAACAGAUGCCUUCAGAAACAAUAUCACCCUCUUCACACACAUCUUGGACAGACUCCUGGAUGGCUAUGAUAACCGGCUCAGGCCUGGACUAGGAGAUCGGGUCACGACAGUGAAGACUGAUAUCUACGUCACCAGUUUUGGACCUGUUUCAGACACCGAUAUGGAAUACACAAUAGACGUGUUCUUCAGGCAGAGCUGGAAAGAUGAAAGGUUGAAGUUUGAGGGACCAAUGAACAUCCUGCGUCUCAACAACCUGAUGGCCAGCAAAAUCUGGACUCCAGACACUUUCUUUCAUAAUGGGAAGAAAUCAGUGGCACACAACAUGACCAUGCCUAAUAAGCUCCUGCGUAUCCAAGAUGACGGCACUCUGCUCUACACCAUGAGGUUGACAGUGCAUGCUGAGUGUCCAAUGCAUCUUGAGGAUUUUCCCAUGGAUUUCCACUCCUGUCCUCUCAAAUUUGGCAGCUAUGCAUACACAACAACCGAGGUGACAUACAUCUGGACAAAGAACGCUUCGACCUCAGUGGUGGUAGAAGGGGAGAGCUCCCGAUUAAACCAGUAUGACUUACUGGGACAGACUGUAGGCAAUGAGACAAUUAAAUCCAGCACUGGCGAGUACACCGUGAUGACAGCUCACUUCCAUCUGAAGCGGAAGAUUGGUUAUUUUGUGAUUCAGACGUACCUCCCGUGCAUCAUGACGGUCAUCCUCUCACAGGUCUCCUUUUGGCUCAAUCGUGAAUCCGUGCCUGCCAGGACUGUGUUUGGUGUGACGACCGUACUGACCAUGACAACUCUGAGUAUUAGUGCCCGUAACUCACUGCCGAAAGUGGCCUACGCCACCGCCAUGGACUGGUUCAUUGCAGUGUGCUAUGCCUUUGUCUUCUCAGCUCUCAUUGAGUUUGCUACAGUCAACUAUUUCACCAAGCGUGGCUGGGCCUGGGACGGCAAGAGCGUGGUCAAUGACAAGAAAAAGGAGAAAGCCUCUGUGAUUAAGAAAAACAACGCAUACGCAGUGGCAGUUGCGAACUACGCUCCCAACAUCACCAAGGACUCCGUCCUGCCCACCAUCGCAAAAGGCGGAGCUACAGAUGUAGGCAAGGCCAAAACUGAGAGCAAACCAGCCGAGAACAAGAAAACCUUCAACAGCGUGAGUAAGAUCGACCGCAUGUCCCGCAUCAUGUUCCCUGUGCUCUUUGGAACCUUCAACCUGGUUUAUUGGGCCACCUAUUUAAACAGAGAACCUGUUAUUAAGGACAUGGUCCCUUCCAACCAAUGAUGCUCUUUAGAUCCAGGACUAAAGAGAAAAGCCAAAAAGCGUCCAGGGACUUAAUACACUCAUUCACUCAUGUAAGCGGUGUCUCGAUAUCCAGCCACAGAGCCGUGGACUGUUGAUUGUGUCUCCUCUUUUCUCUCUUUUCUACCGUUUUUCUGCUGCGCUUUUCAAAAUGUAAAUAUGUACUUCUGCAUAAAAUUAUAUGCCCUGUAUGUUUUGUUUUGUUUUUUUUUCCCCCUGAAACAUGGCUGUUCGCACUGGGUUUACUGUGUUUCUAUUUUGAUGUGAGUUCUGUGAAUGUUUGUGGAUUCUCCUGGAAUCAGACUUUGACCUUUUUCUGUGAUCUACUCUAGCAUAUUGUAGUGUACUCUUUAUGAUAUACUUCAUUUAUUUUGAGCAUUUAUUAUCACAGCUGUAUUCUUUUACCUGUUUGUUUGUAAUGGUGCUUGUAGACCGUUACCAUGAUGAUUAAGAGGUCAUGUGAGGAACAGGUAAAACGUAACCAGAAAAAGAAAAGAAAUCAUAUUGCCAUCUACAAUUCAAGUCUCAUCCUUUGCUGUGAAUGUAACAUUUUUAUAUACGUAUAUAUAUGUAUUGUUCAUUUAAAUUUAUUACAGUAAAUUAAGAACACAACACUAAAUGCUGACUUUUAAUUUAUUUCAACCAGAAUUGUGAUAAAUGAAAUAUUAGCAUUACAUUCAUGCUGUUUACAAUACAUACCGUGCAAGUACUUUUUUUUUUUAACUUAUUAUGUUUAUUAUAUUAUAUUAUAUUAUUAACAAACGUUUCAUGCAGGGAAGAGGUGUAAACAUGAUAGGAGCACCACUCCCUGUAUAUAUAUAUAUAUAUAUAUAUAUAUAUAUAUAUAUAUAUAUAUAUAUAUAUAUAUAUAUAUAUAUAUAUAUAUAUAUAUUUGUUUAUGUAUUUAUGUAUUUAUUUAUUUCUAAAUUCAUUUUUUUUGAUUCUUAGAAAUCAAAGGACAACCAGUUUGGCUAUUGAUAUGCUUACAUUUAUUUAUUUAUUUAUUUGUUGUUUGUUUGUUUAUUUAUUUAUUUGUUUGAGUGGGAUAAUGUGGACCAAACACCUACAAGUGCUUCAAGUAAUGCAUGUUUACCCUCUCUACUGAAGCUAAAUAUUUUUAUAUCUCUUAUUACGUCUGAAGUAUGCUGGACUAUAAAGCUGUUCCCCUGUGCAAGAUUGAUCCUGAGCAUAGUUUACUGUAUCUGCACAGAUUUAAAGCAUUGUGUGUUAUUUAAUUUCUGACAUUACAGUCAUGUUUAAAGGAUGGACAUAUAUUCCAUAUACAAAGCAUGCUGCAGUGUUGUCCAGGCUGUAAGAAGAAAAAUGGCUGAAAUGGUACAUUUAAAAUUUUGCAUGUGAUCAUUCCUUAUUUAUCUUCCCUCAUUUAAUGACGGUAGGUGAUGUUAUUUAUUUAUAUGUCUGUCUGUCUGUCAGUCUGUCUCCCUGUCUGGGUCUGUCUGUCUGCUUAUCUAUCUAUUUAUCUCUCAUUAUUUCUUUUUUUUUUUUCCUGGAAUUUUAAUUACAAUCAAGAUUUUCUCAUCAAGCACUGCUUUGAGUUUUUUUAAGUAGCUUUAACUGUGUAAGCAGGUUGUCAUCGUGGUUAUACAGAAAGAUGUUGGAGCAAUAAAAAAAAACAUUGCAAUGCUGGUUGCAGCUGCAUAGAUACGGAAUGUAAUAAUGCUUUAUAAAAGUCUCAUUUAAGUGGUUCAUUAACUUGUAGAUAGUACUGUAAUAUACGUUCAUAUAUGGAAAGUGCAGAUUUAUUUAUUGGCUCUGUCCAAUAGCAGACAAGAAGUGUUUUUAUGUUGUUGUUGUUGAUGUUUGUUUGUUGUUUACAUUUUGCUAAAAAAAAAAAUCUGUGUUGAAAAUGAAUUUCUGUAAUGUGCUAUUAUGAUUUUAGUUCAAUUUUGACCAGUGAAUUGAAUGUCCCUUUUGACAUAUCAAAUGCAGCACAUGUGUUUUUUUUUUUCUUCUUCACUUUUUUGACUGCUGCUGGAUUUUUCAGUAUGUUAUAAAUAGUGAUAUUUGCUCUUUCA